AUGCAAGUCAUGCAGUACGCAUUUAAACUGGCUGUAAUUUCGCUCGGACUCGUCCUCAUUGCUAUCUACUACCACCUGGACUACUCUCACGUCGUUACAUUUGGCUGUGGUAUCGUCUUUGCCGCCCUUGUCGUCGAAUCAGCCUUCUUUGAUGUGCUCAGAGGCAUAAUCGAGUAUCUUUUCACGCCUUCAACCUACAACUAUGGUCUGGAUCAUGCCGUUUUGAAUGCGAGGGUUGAUUCGCUAUGGUUGAAUAUGGGAUUGUGGACUAGUGAUGAGAUGUCUUUCCAGGAAGCUACCCAAGGUCUCUUGCGAAAAGUAGUGGAAUCGCUCAACUUGAAGAAAGCUCAUACUCUUGUUGACUUUGGAUAUGGAUGUGGCGACCAAGACAACUGGCUAUCCACCAAUUACCCAAACCUCUCAAUAACAGGUGUUACUCUCGAACCCUCUCAUGUUUCUGCAGCACGAUCACGUUUCAGGAGUCCAAACCUAAGCUUCCUCAUCGGAGACGCUGCUGAUCCAUCUACAUGGCGCGAUGAAUAUAAAUCCGCCGUACCUGUAAAGCCAGAGCAGUUUGAUGCUGCACUGUCACUAGACUCGGCAUACCACUACAAUACCCGUAAAGCAUGGCUCGCCAUUACAUAUGGAAUGUUACGUAAAGGUGGUAGGCUAGCUAUUGGGGAUAUCAUUAUCGGGCCAGGUGCACAAUCGUCAUUCUGGAAUCGCUGUGUCGUGAAUCUAUUCUGUAUCUUGGCUGGUGUACCUAUGGACAAUCUGAUUAGUGAGGAUGUAUAUAAGAGGAAUUUAGAAGAUGUUGGGUUUGUUGAAGUACAGGUUGUAAAUAUCUCUGAUCAAGUCCUUCCAGGAAUGUCAAAAUUCCUGAUGAGGCACAAAGGGUAUAUGGAAAACGUCGUUAGUAUUCCGUAUAGGUGGAGGCGCUAUGAAUCAUUAUCUGGAUUCCUGGCGUUUGUUUAUGGGAAGGAUAUUCUGAGAUUUGUAGUUGCUACUGGACGUCGACCAUCAGCAUAG